AUGUUUCAGGAUCUGACUCAAUACGAGGAAGGUCAGGAGGUCAUACAGGACCGUAUAGUCGGGGGCUACGCUCCAGCCCCCAAUUCCAUCAAAUACAUUGUAUCCUUACAGACCACCAAGGGACAGCACUUCUGUGGCGGAUCGCUAGUGCACAAGUACUGGGUGCUUACAGCCGCUCACUGUAACAUAGGGUCAGAUCAGAUGAUGAUCGUAGCAGGGGACUACUCUCUGAGUAUGUUCGAGGGAACGGAGCAGUAUUCCAAACCUCACAGAAUCAUCCCCCAUCCUCUGUACAACAAGACCACCAACAAUGCUGACAUCAUGCUCAUCAAGCUGAGGGUUCCCAUGGUGAUGGGUAGCUAUGUGUCCCUGGCACCCCUCCCUCGGCAGGGUACAGGGGUUAUGGCGGGGCGGGUGUGUCGUGUGUCGGGGUGGGGGUACACCUCUCUGGGAGGGGGUCAGAUCCCCUCCACCCUGCGGACUGUCAAGCUGCCCAUCGUGUCAUCGGCCAGGUGCAACAGCAGCGAGUCUUUCAAUGGGAACAUCACCUCCAACAUGAUCUGUGCCGGAUACAAUGCUGGGGGCAAGGACGCAUGCAAGGGAGAUUCCGGCGGGCCGCUGGUGUGCGAGGGGCGUGUCUACGGUGUGGUAUCAUGGGGAAACGGCUGCGGAGAUGCCAAGUUUCCGGGCGUUUACACAGCGGUGUCCAAGUUCCGGCGGUGGGUCGACAGGACCAUCUACAGCUCGUACACACGCUGUCUGAAGUAUUAA